AUGCCUUCGAAGAAUCCGAGGCCGGAAUCGAACGCCGACGUAAGCCCUACUGGUUCAUUUUUGGUUCUUCCCACCAUCUCGCCAAUUACUCCCAACGACUCCAUAUCGCGCCUCAAGUCGAAAAUCAAGGAGCACACAAGGACCGAAAGCGAGGAAGAUGACGAUGUAGACGUCGAAGAAAUAGUGUCGUCGUCAACCAGAUCCACAGCCUCCGUCACAAACCGUACAAGUCGGUCCCUAAAAAGGCAUGUGUCUCAUAAAUCAGACUCCUCAGCAGGUGCACGGUCGACCACUAAGCCCAAAGCGGGCACGGGGAUUUUGGAGAGUCUGAUGCAUUCCUUCAAUCUGAGGUCCCAGACAAACUUGCACGAGAACCCGCCUACUCUGAGCCCGUCAGCCGAACAAGAACACCAUCAGAGCCCGUCUCCCGUGGAGAAUAUCGAGUUCAAGCCCAUCAAGACCUCUGUACUCAGCUCGUUGGGCAAAGGCUCCUUGACACUCGAUUAUUUCCCCAAACCCGCCGGUUCCGAACCUCAGGAGCCACCGUUCUCUGCCAUAGGUAGCGACAGCACGAACCAAACGAACGCCAACACCCUUGUUGACCCGACAACAACGACCACUCAGCCAACGUCUCCAAAUACCAACACGCCCGUGGAAGAGGCCCCAAGCUCUUCCAGAAACCUUACCGUCACCAGGAGAACGCUCUCUCCUACCUCGAUCAAAAAGUCGGUGAGUGCGAACGCGCUGUACACGUUGAACUCUCACAACAAUAGCAGCAUUCUGGAAGAGGAUGGAGCCACCCACAACAGACGUUCUAGACAGCCAAAAGAAAGACGGCGGCCUACUGUCAGUGACACUACUCAGCUGAGCCGCCACACCACAAAUAUAGUAGACAACGAAGAAGAUCUCGAGGCUCGCAAAAAACGGCUUGCAGAACAGCUGGAUAUUAAGCUCCCCAGCCAGAAGCGCCAAGACUCGUUCCACCAGAUGUUUCCGGAAAUUCCUCCAUCUGAAAUAUUUAUUGAAGACUACACAUGUGCCUACCGCAAAGACGUGUUGAUUCAUGGCCGCAUGUACGUGAGCGAAAACCAUAUUAGCUUUCACUCAAACUUAAUUGGACUAAUUACGCAUUUCACCAUCACGUUGAGUAAAGUGCUGACCAUCAAAAAAAAGAAAACCGUUGGUAUUCCCAAUGCUCUGGAGUUCGGCACUCUGCAUGACAAGUACACCUUCGCGUCGUUCAUUUCCAGAGACUCAACGUACGAGCUGCUGGUGAAGAUCUGGUCAUCGCUGCUGUCGGGCUCCAAUCUCAACACUGUGGACCUGGACUUCACCACCUCUGAGGUGGACUCUGACGAUCCCGAGUCUGACGAGAGCGAUGACCCUGACGCCGUGAAAAUGUCUCGUCACGGAACCUUGCCAAGCAAAACCAUCAAGACCACGAAGGAGUCUUAUCCUGACUCUGGAAGCGACAGUGAAGUGUCCGACAAGGAGAACAUGAUUACAGACGACGAGCCAGAUAUUAACGAUAAUUCUGAGAGCCGCACAUUCAGAGGAAUACCCUACGACGGCCCGUUGCAACACGAACCAACUAGCAAUGCGUACUCUUCGGAGUCGGGCGACGUCGAGAUCGUCAAUGAUACGAUUUCUGCGCCUGUCGGGGCAGUAUAUUCGCUUUUAUUUGGCCAAGAUACCAUGUUUUUGAAAAAUGUCUUAAAGACACAGAAAAACACAGACAUCUCUGAGAUCCCUGCUUUUGAUGAGUCCACAAAAAAGAGAUCGUACUCAUACACCAAGCCGCUCAGUGGUCCAGUUGGCCCCAAACAGACCAAAUGUAACGUGGAGGAAGAAAUCGAGCGCUGCGAUUUCAAUUCGAGCUGUCUCGUGACCCAGAUAACAGACACCCCAGACGUGCCAUCCGGCAACUCCUUCCACGUGAAGACACGCAUCUAUUUGAGUUGGGGUGACAACAAUUGUUGCAAAAUAUUCAUUGUGACGUCCGUUGUCUGGAGCGGCAAGUCGUGGAUCAAAGGUGCUGUGGAAAAGGGAACCAUCUCUGGACAGAAAGAAUCCCUGGGCAUUUUGGUAAAGGAGCUGAAAAAGCGCGUGGAGGCUGGAACUCCCGUUUCUGUCUCGAUCAAAAAGAGAAGGUCGAUUUCUGAUAAGAAACGGAAGGAAGUCGAGGAGCGCGAAGAGAUUCCUGCGGUUUCGCAGACUCCUGCACAGCCUAUGCCGAAAGACAGGAUUCUUGCUCAGCUGGAUCUCAAGACGGUGCUUUUGAUAAUUCUGAUCCUCCUUGUUCUGUGGGACAAGUUUACACGCCCAGAUGUCGAACGCAGGCACAGGGCUCUCGACGACCAGAUAUUCAUGACGAGCGAGGCAGACUUAUGGAACUGGAUCGACCAGCGCCAGAAUGGCUUUUCUGCCGACCAGUACCCGGAAAUUGGUGCCCAACAGCUGAAGGAGGUGAUCAGGGUGGUGGAGAAACGACUCGACGGUCUGAAGAACUCGGCCAAAUAA